CUGGGGCGCGCGGUCGGCGCAAAGCUAGUGAGCUAAGGUAGCUAGCAGGCGCCGUUAGUCCCGUAUAAACACACUAGUGUUUGGUUAGCAAGCUAGCGCUAGUCGGGGUUAGCAAGCUAAAACUGAGACUGGCGCUUGUUCAAAUAUGGCGGUGGAGAAUGAGAUGCCGCUACACAUUUAGCUCCAACUUUCUGUGUCGUCUUCAGUGACACAUCGUGUGUACUUGUGUAUUGUGGUCUAAAGCGUUACCGCGAGUUCACCACUGAAGGGAACUCAAACUCGCCGUAGCUACUCAGUCUGUGUGUGUAUGUAUGUGAGUCUGUGUGAGGGAAUGAGUGAGUGAAAGAGAGAAAGAGAGAGAGAUAGAUCUAGCCAAGUUAGCUAGCUAGUCUGCAGUCCAUAUUGAGUUCAGGGUUAGCCUGCCAGCUAACCUAGCAAAAACUUCUUUAAGCAUUUUUGUCUACAGCUAAUCAGGUUGUAAUGUUUAAAACUUGCUUUUUUUUAUUAUAUAUUAAUCGUUAGAUCACUUCUCAGAGACGGUCUUGCUAGUUAUCUAUUUAGCUUGCUUUUCGGUUAUAUAGACGGAGCGUGCUCGGGUUUUAGCACAGUUACAACAGGCGGUUAAUCUUAUGCCAGUUAUUUACAUAUGGCUGUUUCAUGUUGUGCUCCUGAACCAUCCGUGAGUGAUGUGCACACACAACUCUGGCUCAUAUGCACUGAAGUUUUGUAAUGAGAGCUCAACCCAAAUCAUGGACUAAAUUGCCAAGCCAUUGAAGAUUCACCAGACAAACUCCUUAUUGGUAUUUAUUUUGGGUUUAAUCCAGGCUGUAGAGGUGUGUGCCGAGAGACCCCAGCAUGCGUGAAUAUAAGCUUGUGGUCUUGGGCUCAGGAGGUGUGGGGAAAUCUGCACUGACAGUGCAGUUUGUUCAGGGAAUAUUUGUGGAAAAAUAUGACCCCACAAUAGAAGACUCGUAUAGGAAGCAAGUAGAAGUGGAUGGGCAGCAAUGCAUGCUAGAAAUCCUUGACACAGCAGGCACAGAGCAGUUUACAGCGAUGAGGGAUUUAUACAUGAAGAACGGACAGGGCUUUGCUCUGGUCUACUCCAUCACAGCACAGUCCACCUUUAAUGACCUUCAGGACCUGAGAGAACAGAUCUUAAGAGUCAAAGACACAGAGGAUGUGCCAAUGAUUCUGGUGGGGAAUAAAUGUGAUCUGGAGGAUGAGAGAGUUGUAGGGAAGGAGCAAGGCCAGAAUCUUGCUCGCCAGUGGAAUAACUGUGCCUUCCUAGAAUCCUCCGCCAAAUCAAAGAUCAACGUCAAUGAGAUCUUCUACGACCUGGUCAGACAGAUUAAUAGAAAAACGCCGGUGGAAAAGAAGAAAGCCAAAAAGAAGUCUAAUUGCACACUGCUCUAAAAUGCACAUACACACCCUACCCAGCAGCAGUUCUGAGCCAGAAUGCUGAGAUGAAGACCUGUUGCCCUACUGGCCAGCAUUCCAGCCCCAUUCAGUAGUUCUUGGAAACAGCGUUGGCAAAGGCAGAACAUGUUUAAGACUCACUCCUCAGCUUACAGAAAGGAGUGAAGAGAAGUUUACCUUCUCACAUGUUCAACAUUUUUUGCUUUUUCUUCCCAAAUAAACUUAACUUUUCCUCUCUCCCCCAAACCCCCCACCCCCAGAUAUGAUACAUGAUAAAACAGAAAUGAAUUGUCUUUCUUGAGCUUUUACAAGUUUUUGCAAUUGCAAUUUUUAAAGAAGGAUUAUAGGAACCGGACUCUUGUGGAUUCAUUUGGGGGAAGUGGGUAACAUGCUGUUCAUUAAUACAUUUCAGAAACACGACCACAUUUAAAAAUAAUCAUAUUAAUGUUUGCAAAAGUUUAAUCAUGAUCAUAUACUAGACUCUUUUUUUUUGUUGUUUUAUCCCCAUCUUCAUGACCAAGCCUCCUCCUCCUUGCUAAUAUGCACUCCAGAAGUACGUCUGGUGCUAUACACGCUACACGCUUCUCCCUAUUCAACCGGACCAGCUCAUCAUCAAGUAACAUGUUUCUGCCCAAAUUACUUUUUUAUAGUUGAACUGUCAACAUUUUUCAUAUUUCCCAUAAUUUAUGAUAAAUUCUGUUUUCUGCAUAGAAAGGUUUUGGGAAAUGGUUCUUUUUAAUAAGAGAUGGGCAGAAAUAACAAAUGGGUUUCUUUGUCUCAUGCUGAAAAAUAUAUUGUACUAAAACCAACUCUAAUUACUUUGUGUUGUCCUAUCAUGCUCAAAGUGGUAAUUUUUUCAGCUUUUAUGAACGAUUAAAUUUUAGUACAUUUUCAUUAA